AUGCCUCCAAACCGUGUGCGUCAGCUGCUUCGACAGCCAUCUUCUACGCCAUACUGCGCACCCUUAAAUCCACCGAGGCGUCGCGGUCCGCAAUUAGACGUGUAUACACGUACUAAAAUUACUACUCUACGCUCAGAGGGUCUCAAAUAUAAAGAAAUUCACGCCCGUCUGCCUCAUAUUCCUUUCGGAACAAUUGCAUCGACUUGUUAUCUCGAAAAUAAGCGAGAAAAUAAUACUACAUCGCCGCGAUCUGGGCGCCCGCGCAAGAUCUCUGAAGAUGAUCGUGAUCGUAUAUUUGAGGCAAUCCAUGGCAAUCCACGUACCAAAAUUGAAGAUCUAAUGGAUGCUUGUGAUCGUCAGGUCCAUCGGCAAUUAAUCUGGCGCCUUCUCAAAGAAGCAAAUAUGCGAAAAUGGCAAUGUAUGCACCGUCCCGAGUUAACUGAUGAAUGGGCUUCAAAACGACUUCAGUGGGCCUUAACCUGGUAA